UUUCUGAAUAAUUGAACUCCAAAUCCAAUUGGGACAUGUAAAACCCAGAACCUGAACGCUCCCUAUAUAAAGAACACAAACACAACCCCCAAAAUCAUUACCUUACGACCCAUAAUAUAAAAAUCAAUUAAUCACAGCAACCAGCAGGCAAUUCAACAAUUAAUUAAGUUCUUACAGAUUGACAAUUUCUCUCAUAAUCUUCGCUAUGGAACCGCAAAACAGCUCGAGCAGUUCUUGUCGAUGCGUGGGAGGCUGUGGCUUUUACGGCACAGCGGAUAAGCAAAACAUGUGCUCUAAGUGCUUCAAUGCUUAUAAUCUGAAGCAAGAAAUCAUUGAUCAAACAGCCUCUCUUUCGAUUUACGAUAAGGCUGGUUCUUGUGAUGAACGAUCUUCAUUUAUUUGCGUUGAUAAGACUGAAAAAGUGACCGAGAGUGAUGUUCCCGCAUCAUCAGUAUCGUCUUCGAAUGCGACGAUGAAGAAGAAUAGAUGCGAGAGCUGCAACAAGAAACUCGGACUUUUAGGGUUUUCGUGUCGCUGCGGAAAGGUAUUUUGCGGGACGCAUCGGUAUGCGGACGAGCAUUGUUGCAGCUUUGAUUACAAGAAGCUUGAUCGUGAUGUUUUGGUUAAGCAGAAUCCAUUGAUCUGUGCUGAUAAACUUGGUGAUAGGCUUUAAUGAUAAGAUAAUUAAUUGAUUUUUACAGUUUAGAUCACUUGAUUGGUUCAGUUGCAGGGUUUUAUUUCUGGUUUUAAGCAAAUUUUGCUACUAAUUUUCUGGAUCCACUUUUUGUUAUUUAGAUUUUCUUUUUAUUACUGAUGUUUUAGAAUGAGAGUGUCUGUAGU